UAAGAACACAUCCAAACUCCAAAGAGUACAACACUCCAAUGGCGUCAUUUUUCUCAUACCAUCUCAUCUUCAUCAUUUCACUUCUUCUUGCUUUUACUUACGUCAAUGCAGAAGAUCCUUGGUGGAGCUUCUGCAAUGACAACAAGAAAAUAAACAGCACAAAAAUGUCAUCCAACAUUGAUGAUAUACUACCCAAAUUAGUAUCUCAAACUUUAAACCAAGGUUACACGUUUCUCUCUUCCGGUUCCGGCAAUGACCGUGUUUACGGUCAAGCUCAAUGCCGAGGGGAUGUUCUAAACACCAAAGAAUGCUCCAAGUGUGUCCAAGAAGCAUCACUCCAAAUCCAAAAGACUUGUCCCGACCAAGCCGAUGCAAGAAUCUUGUACGAAUUUUGUUUCUUACGAUACGAUACUCAUGAAUUUAUAGGAGAAUUAGAUAAUUCUAAUGGUAUAAUUUACGCUAAUGUUGGAAACGUUAAUGGUGAUUUUACUACUUUCGAGAAGGUACUCGGAGAUUUAACGGAUAAAAUUACAGCAGAAGCUUUGGAUCGUAAAAAUAAAAUUGGGUUCGCCAAAGGACAAACUAAGUUAUCAGAAUUUGAGACAUUAUAUUCUUUGGUACAGUGCACUAGAGAUUUAUCUAAAUUUGCUUGCUCGCAAUGUCUAGCAACUGCCGUUGGAAAUUAUGCUGGGUUCUGUAAGGAUAAGAAAGGAUGUCGCUCCAUAUACAGUAGUUGUUUUGUUCGAUACGAGCUGUAUCCGAUAUUUUACCCGGUCAAUUCCGUCAAUUCCACGGACAAAAAUGUCUAUUCAAGACAUAUGUUGCAUCCAUAGAGUUAAAGCCAGCAAUAAUACGGCCCGGAAUGCCUACUCAAGAAUAAAAAAUGUCUAUUCAGGACAUUUGUUGUAUUUUAGAAGAAUAUUAAAAGUUUGUAAUAAUUUGCUCUUGCAUAUUGAUUCAUUUAGGAACUUUCUUUCGGUAGGAUGGAUUUCUAUCUCCCUUUGAUAGCUUGAACGGUUUGUUAUAACAACUAUUACUUUUAUAGCGCGUUU